AUGGACAGACCUUCUACACCGACAGGUUCUGCAAGUCAAUCAAAUCCCCUUUUGACCUCUCCAACCUCUUCACGAAGAACAAAGAAGAAAGUCAUAUACAGUGAUCGCUAUAUACCCAGUCGUACUGGUGUCGAUCUUCAAGCUGCCUUUACAUUAAAUCAUGACUCUCCCUCUUCUAAUUUGGCUGCUCAUACUUCAAUGAUGAUGUCAUCUUCAUCCUAUGCAGCUGACCUGGAGGUUGCAGACAGUGAGCUGGACUCUCUGAAGAUUCAGGAAGCCAAUAGAAAUUUCGACGCUGUUCUUAAAUCAGAACUUUUCGGUGAUAGACCGCAGUCUAUACCGAGUCAGCAGGCCACACCUCCUGGUUCGAUGGGCUCCAUUGGUUCUAUGAACUCUGCUGCCUCUAUAGUUUCGAUGACUCCAGAUUCAGUAACAAAUUCAUCUCCUUCUCGUGAUACUGCUUCUUCUAUACCAGUUCCAAGGACUCCUCGUCAGAAUAGAAACAUGUUCACCUAUCAGUCUCCUUCUAAAUCACGUCCAUCAUCAUCUUCUCUCACUGUUAAUAACGAACUCUAUUCUUUGAGUCCUGUUGGUGCAAGUAGCGAACGUAUUCUUCUGUCUCCUCAAAGGAAGCCUAGAGCAAUACCUAAAGUACCAUAUCGUGUACUUGAUGCACCGGAAUUGGCGGACGAUUUCUAUCUCAAUUUGGUUGAUUGGGGGUCUCAGGAUAUCUUGGCUGUUGGAUUAGGGUCCAGUGUCUAUCUAUGGGACGCUUCUACAGGAUCCGUCAAUCGUCUGUGCGAUUUGGGACCAAGUGAUAGUGUCACAUCCCUUUCUUGGAUAGGAGCAGGAACCCAUUUGGCCGUGGGUACAAACUCCGGAAUUGUAGAGAUUUGGGAUGCAUCUGCAUGCAAAUGUACUCGUACCAUGACUGGACAUGCUUCUAGAGCAUCUUCUCUUGCCUGGAAUAGACACAUACUUACGUCGGGUUCUAGAGAUCGUACUAUAUUACAUAGGGAUGUAAGAGAACCUGCCCACUAUAUGAAAAGACUCGAAUAUCACAAGCAAGAGGUGUGUGGUUUACGAUGGAACGUGGAAGAGAAUAAGCUUGCAUCAGGAGGCAACGAUAACAAGCUCUUCGUCUGGGAUGGUGUUGAAGACAGGCCUUUAUACAAGUUUACAGAGCAUCAGGCAGCAGUCAAGGCAAUAGCAUGGUCACCACAUCAAAGGGGUAUUUUGGCUUCUGGUGGAGGUACUGCAGAUCGCCGAAUCAAGAUAUGGAAUACAGUGACAGGACUCAAAGUUCAUGAUGUUGAUACAGGAUCUCAAGUGUGUAAUUUAGCAUGGUCCAAAACUAGCAAUGAGCUCGUUUCUACUCAUGGUUACUCACGAAAUCAGAUUGUUAUAUGGAAGUACAGUACAAUGCAGCAAAUUGCAUCGCUUACAGGACAUACAUAUCGUGUUCUCUACUUGGCUAUGUCUCCAGAUGGCCAGACUAUAGUGACAGGGGCAGGAGACGAAACGUUGAGGUUUUGGAACGUUUUUGAAAAGAAUAAGAAUGAGCACAACACAUCCUCGGUUCUUCUUGAUUCCUUUAUGCAAUUGAGAUGA